AUGGACUACAUUGCUCCGUCAUCAGCCUGCAUCAGGCCCACCCUGAUUUCCAGCGGUGGCAGCCAUGCCGUCGGUCCCGGUGACCCAACAGCAUCGGCAAGCGGUGUUGUUGGCAUGAAGCGUGGUGGCAAUGCACCGCCGCUCGGCCCCGGCAUUGCUGCUGCUGCUCAGCACGCUGAUGUUGUGAAGAUCACCCUGCAAGACUGCCUGGCGUGCAGUGGGUGUGUAACGACAGCGGAAACGGUGCUCGUCAACGCGCAGAGCCGCCACGAGAUUGUGUCUGCCCUGCUCACAUCGUCCGCAUCGACGUCGUCAACGACAGCGAAGGGGAGCGCCCUUCGUCCUCGGCUGGUAAGCAUCAGCUCCCAGUCCUGCGCCUCCCUCGCCGCCUAUCUUCACAUGUCCAUGGCUGCCGUGUACGAGCUGGUAGCUGGUUUUAUGCGAGCAACGCUCACGACGGCCGGGCUGCAGGAGGCCGCGAGGAACGCCGAGAUUGCUGCUGCUGGGCCGCCGCGCGAUACCAUGAAGAACGAGGAGGUGAGCGGUGCAUCGACGACAGCGACGACAGACUCCUCGACGGUGGUCCUCUCCGAGUUAGAACCGCCAAUCUAUGUGAUAGACCUUGAGUGGGCCGAGCAACUGUCUGCAGAGCUGACGGCGCAGGAGUACGAUCGCCGCCGUCGCGGGAGCGGCAAUGCCGAAGAUGGGCCUCUGCCGUUGAUCGUCUCAGCAUGUCCAGGCUGGGUGUGCUACUGCGAGAAGCAGGGCGCCGCGCUGCUGCCGCACCUCUGUCCUGUCAUGUCUGCUCAAGGGAUCGCCGGCAGCUACGCGAAGCGGGCCGUUGCCGCGAAUCUCUACCACGUGUCGGUACAGCCCUGCUUUGACCGAAAGCUCGAGGCGGCGCGGGACUCGAUGCCCUCAUCGACGACGGCGCCACCAGCCGACGGGACGGACAUGCCGGUCGUCUACACGGACUGCGUUCUCAGCACUGCGGAGUUGCUCGAGUGGAUGAAGGAGGCGGACCCGACGCUUCCGUGGAGGGGACGCCUGGACACGAACGUCAACGCAGCCGCUGCCUUGGCUGGCGGCAACGGCCCAGGCCACACGACCCAGCGACCCACGCAGUUGAACGAGGAAGAGGAGCCCACGUCAACACCGCCGCCGGCAGCCUCUGCUAUCUUCGCACCCGCCCACGAUGCGGCGCGGUUCGCCGGCAGUGGCGGCUACCAUCGAUCGGUCAUCGCGCACCGCCUGUGGGCGGAAGGGGUGGCAGCGCUGCCGUCCUCGUCGUCUCCCUCGCCGAACACGCCCGCUAACGUCGCGUACGAGGUGAAGCGCAACCGCAAUCAUCAACUCGCCACCUGCGCCGCCCUGCCGGAGGAGGUGUUCUGCAUCGGCUACGGCUUUCAACAAAUUCAGAACGUGGUGCGUGGCCUCAAGAAACGCAUACCAGCCAUGCGCAGCUACACCUUUAUCGAGCUUAUGGCGUGCCCAGACGGGUGCUUGAACGGUGGAGGGCAGGUGCGGCCGGCGCAGCAGCCCCACGCGGAGGUGCUGGACGCCGUCCUUGACGCCUACGCGAGGAACAUGGAGGGCAGCCGUGAGAAGGGCGGACUUGGCGCAGCUACACCUGCUUCCUCUUCGGGCUCGGCACUUGCCUGUAUGUUUGCCAGCUCACCGCCUGACAGCAGCGACGCGCAAGCUGAGGACGGAGAGAUCGCCAUGAAGGCGCAGCGACGUCGCGCCGAGGCACCAGUGCCACUGCGGCACACCGGCACGGAAGCAGCAUGGCAGCCCUUCGCCGAUGCCACCAUUGCUGUCACAGCACCCUCACUAGGGGACGCGCUGUGGCGUUGUACAUUUCGCGACCGCGAGAAAGAGUUCGCUGCGAUGCUGAACGACGGCAACGUGCACAGCUUAAAAUGGUGA